GCGCAUGCGCAGAACCAACUGAAGCGAAUGUGCGUGAGGUGACAGCUGUCCCGAUGAUAUCGAUGAACGUAUCCAGCAGCGACAACAGCCUUCCCCAGAACAGCCACGGCAAAAAGCAGAAGAAGAAAAACAAGAAGCACCGCAAAGCAGUGGCAGCAGCAGUGGAGAUCUCUAGUUUGGAGCUGGGACCCCAGAUCCCCUCCUCCGAUGAACUGUGUCACAUCCUCACCAUCCACAGAUCCGCCACCCCUCCAGAGUCGCCCCCGACGCCCCUAUUAAACCUCUCCCAGAGCCCUCCAGACCUGCAGCCUCAGGCCCCCAUCCCUCACUCCGUUCCCAUCACAGUGGUUCCCUCACCCAGCGUCCUCUCGUCUCCAGACACACCUUCCACUCCCAUAGCACCUUCACUGGGUCUACCUGCCGUUCUCUCCACGACUCCUCCCACUCCACAGGCCCCGGACAAUCAGACGACCCCACCACAAGCUCUGAGCCCUCCACCUCCAGACUUUUCCCCACCUCCAGCAGAAUUACUCGGGUCAGAUGAUGAAGAACAAGAGAAUCCGUCAGAUUACUGUAAAGGUAGGAUAAUUAUGAUCAUAAGAAAUUGGUUUUAA